AUGAAAAUACCUAUAAUUGGCAUUCCGUUAGAAUAUACGUUAAAACUAGCGGGCCUAUGGCCAGAUCAAUCGAACAUUCUUGGAUCCAUAGUGAUGGGGUCAGCUCUGGUUACAAUGAUACCCUUUCAAGUAUGGGACACUAUAAAUGUAUCUGAUAAUUUAGUAAUGGUGAUGGAUAAUUUGAGCAACAUUUUGUCAGAAGUACUUUUGUACACAAAUUUUAUAGUAUUAUUAUUAAAUAAAAGUUAUCUUGAUGACUUAUUACGUGAAAUAGCAGAUGAUUAUAAAAAUAAUAUAGUAACAGAAAAAUGGUUGAAACUUGAUCAAAAUUCACGUCGCUUUUGUAAUUAUGAUUAUGGAAUGUACUUAGGUGCAUGUUGCUUAUUUUAUCUACAAUUUGCUUUGAUGUAUACACAAAUGCCAUCUGAAGAUAGGAUAAUGUUAUUAAAAGCAUACUAUCCAUUCGAUUACAAAAGCUCUCCAGUAUUUGAAAUCAUGUGCUUUAUUCAAGUUAUUCAAGGACUAUUAAUGUGUAGUAUUCAAGCUUUAAGCGAAUCUUUAUUAAUAGCAUUGGUUUCACAUGUUAGUGGCCACAUAGAUUUAAUGAAUAAACAAAUAAAUGUAGUUUCUAAAAGCUACGACGGCCAAAACUCUCUUACGUUAAAACUUGUAAUAAAAAGUCAUUUAAAAGUUUUAAACUUAGUUAAUAAAAUUGAGUCCGUAUACACUUAUGUAUCACUCACUCAAGUCUGUUUGAGUACAUUUAUUAUUUGUGUAACUGGAUUUGUUGUUCUUACAAUGAAUUCAGCGAAUGAAAUAGUGGUGAUGAUUAAAUACAUAAUGCUUUAUUUUACUUUGCUGUGGCAAUCUUUCUCUUUCUGUUUUGCUGGGCAACAUCUUUUAAACAAGAGUGAUAUGAUUCCUUAUCAAGUAUAUGAUGCGUUAUGGUAUAAAGCUGAAGCUACAGAAAUGAAAGCCAUACUAUUUAUUAUAAAAAGAGCACAAACACCAUUGUCACUAAGUGCAGGAAAAUUUAUUGCCUUAUCCGCUCAAACUUUUACAUUAAUAAUAAAAACAUCUUUUUCGUAUUUAUCCGUACUUAAAGCUAGUUAUGCGUAG